GCGGACACUGGUGUUGUGUUCAGAGACUCUUGUUAAUAUUAUUUAGGGAUAAAAGUGAUUUAAUUUUACGACAUUUUAUUAAACCAGUCGCAGAGCAGAAUGCCUUUACUGGUGUCAGACUUCUCGUGGACUCAGACGGACUCCAUGAUUUACAUCAACGUGCCUUUAAAAGGAGCCAAAGCUGCGAAAGUGGACAUCGUGUCGACAGAUGAGUACCUGAAGGUUCAUUUCCCUCCGUACCUGUUUGAAGCCUUCUUGUCUGAACCUGUGGACGACGACAGAAGCACAGCGAGGAUUGGAAAUGGAGCGGCAGUCAUCAGUUUAGCAAAGAGGACCAACAAAGUGUGGGAGCAGCUCAUGAUAACUACGAACGACAAAGAGCAGCAGAAGGAGGUCAGACACCGAGCUCUGCUGAGACACCAGGACAAACUGUCCUCAGCGUCCAGGCAGGAGGCUGAGAAGCAGCAGGCGGAGAGGAGGUUCGCUCUGGAGACCAUGAUGAAGAUCGAAAGGGAGGAAAGAGAGAACGUCCAGAGGAUGAAGGACGCCGAGCGGGAGAGGACGACGGCCGAGCUGGUGGCGUGGCGGCUCAGACAGAACCAGGAAGCAGAACCAGGAAGUAGGAGUCAGAGUCUGAACCAGCAGAGAGACGGGACAAAGGGGACGGAGACGGGGCCUCCAGGCGGAGGGAGGGUCAGACCAGAGCAAAAAGGAAAAAGUGACGAGAAGAAGAAAGAGACCGAGCUUCCUCCUCCAAGACCCAGCGGGAACAUUCACAUCACCUUCACCCCACGAGUUUUCCCCACAGCCCUCAGGGAGUCCAGGGUCCAGGAGGAGGACGAGUGGCUCCGUAAAGAAGCUGAAAGCAGACGAUCAGUAAACGCUGACAUGUUGGAUCUGAAGGAGCUGAAGGAGGAGGAGAGGAACCCAGACUGGCUGAAGGACCGAGGAGAUCAGCGGUUCCGGGCGGGAGACUUCCUGGGGGCGGUGAACGCCUACAGUCUGGCCAUCAGGCUGAACGGGAACAUCCCGGCGCUCCACUCAAACAGAGCCGCAUGUCACCUGAAGCUCAGGAACCUGCACAAGGCCGUGCAGGACUCCACCCAGGCUCUGGAUCUCCUGACUCCUCCAGUCGCCGCCAACGCCGCCGCCAGAAUGAGAGCCAGCGUACGCAGAGGAACAGCCUUCUGUCAACUACAGCUCUACGCUGAAGGGCUUCAGGACUUCCAGGCGGCUCUGAGGAUCGAACCUGACAACGCGUCUCUGCAGGAAGACGUUCAGAGGAUCAGAGACAUCGUUCAAGGCUCAAACCUCACAGACCAUAAUUAAAUGCAUCUCAUCUCAAAUACAUCGUAAACUUCUACUUUUAUCCAGGAAGGAAUUAAAUGGAAUUUAAUUACUGCUUCAUUUAAUGUAAAUUUAGUGAAAAACUAACCGUAAAAUACACUGAAAUAAAGUAAAAUAA